UGGAAAAAACUACAGGAAUACUUUCACGCCAUAGUGAAGGAAUGUCGAGGACGCGGUCACAGGAUGAUUUUUUAAUUAACUAGCCACUAUAUUCGACCUACACCAUGUAUACGACGGAACGCAGGCGCAUGAGCCUGCAUGAGACCAAGAGAAAGGAUCCCGUACGAGUUUCAGCUGGAAGUUUAUGGCAGGAUCCUUUGGCUCUUGAAAUCGGCGGCGGGAGUAAAGGCGUAACAUCCCCGCGGAGUCGGACCAGGGCUUUAUCCGUGAUGUAUAUCGCCGUUGAGGACGGGUCUGUGCCUCAAACUGAGGCGAAUCUUUCACUGACAUGUCUUACAGAAGCCUGCGCAGACGCGCAUGCGGUGCUCAAGAGCAUUUCUUUUGAGCGCAUUGCGUUGGGCACCACUGAAAUUCUGGACACUUUUUACAAUGCAGAUGUUGUUGUGGUGGGGAUGAAUAACACUAUCUGCCAGCCUUCUCUGUUUUAUCACCUGGGUGUCAGAGAGAGUUUCAGUAUGACCAAUAAUGUCAUCCUGUACU